AGUUAGCUGAUGUUACCACUUUUUAAUCCUAGUUUUCAUUCUUUGUAUUUUCAAAACAUGGUUUGUGAAGUUGGGUUAUUUGUUUGUUUGUUGAAAUUGCGUGAGCGAGGCUUGCUGGCCGGUUUUAACCCCUUUCGGAGGCGUUGCUUGGUUGGUUUUCUCUGCAGAGUCCUCCCUUUUUGGCUGUCUGGUAGCUGACAGGUUAAAUUUCGGGUUGUACUACAACAACUGACACAUGUUGGUUUCUGAGCAAACAGGCUGAUAUUUUUGCAGGCUGAAAAAGGAACUGGCUUUCUAGGUCCUUCCCCCCACCCCUUGGCAGUACAACCACACAGAGUUGAGAUCAUAAUCCAGACAACGAGAAGAAAAAAAAAAAAAAUUAUGCAUGUGCGACUAUGGGAUUUUUUUAAGAACUUUCCAAGGGAGGAAAUAAAAUCUGUUCUGGCGAUGGGAAAAAUCCUGCUGGGAUCAGCAAAAAAUAAAAACCCAGGACUGCAGCAGCUGAGUUAAACGGCAAAAAAAUUUCUCGAAUUCCUCUCGAAGGAAGUAAAAUAUUUGACGGGACUUUCUCCGAAUCCUUUUUUUUUAUUUAUUUUGUUUUCUAUUUUUCAUUUUCCUGAACAUUUUUUUGGUGUUUUUUUUUGAUGGAGCCCUUGGAUUCUUUUUUUUCUCCUGCAAAUCAGAUCAUCGCGUUCUGCAGAGACUGAAAUGAGCCACUGCCUCCGAUAGGAUCUGAGAGCGCGCUGCGGUUACAAAGCAGCAUAUUCUUUUCUUGCCUCGGUCUUUUGUCACUGGAGCUAGUUAGGGUCAUUUGUCUCUGCUUCGGACCUCUUCAGCAUCAAGUCAAUUUGGUUUUCGGCUGUGGCGUGAAGUUCUUCGGGGGAAAAAAAAAAAAAGCGGCCGCCUCUGGUGGCGUUGGGUGCUCGCGAUGCAUGGCUGGAACUUUUUCCCUUUGGCAGCCGAAAAAUGCAUUCGACCUCCCAUUAUGAAUGGGCCCAUGCAUCCGCGGCCCCUCGUGGCCCUGCUAGACGGCAGGGAUUGUACGGUAGAGAUGCCCAUUCUUAAGGAUGUAGCCACGGUGGCGUUCUGUGAUGCCCAGUCCACUCAAGAAAUCCACGAGAAGGUACUAAAUGAAGCAGUGGGUGCCCUGAUGUAUCACACAAUCACUUUAACGCGAGAAGACUUGGAGAAGUUCAAGGCUCUUCGAAUAAUCGUCCGAAUCGGAAGUGGGUUUGAUAACAUCGACAUCAAGUCAGCUGGAGAUUUAGGAAUUGCCGUAUGUAAUGUGCCAGCAGCUUCCGUAGAAGAGACAGCCGACUCCACAAUGUGCCACAUACUCAAUUUGUACAGGAGAACCACAUGGCUGCACCAAGCAUUACGGGAAGGCACGAGAGUCCAGAGCGUGGAACAGAUAAGGGAGGUGGCAUCUGGGGCAGCCCGAAUCCGAGGGGAGACUUUAGGCAUCAUAGGACUGGGACGAGUCGGACAAGCUGUAGCACUGCGAGCGAAGACGUUUGGUUUCAAUGUAAUAUUCUACGACCCGUAUUUAUCAGAUGGAAUAGAACGUGCACUUGGCCUCCAGCGGGUCAACACCCUCCAGGACCUUCUGUUUCAUAGUGACUGUGUAACUCUGCACUGCAGCUUAAAUGAGCACAACCAUCACCUUAUCAAUGACUUCACUAUCAAACAGAUGAGACAGGGAGCGUUCCUGGUAAACACAGCUCGAGGCGGUUUGGUGGAUGAGAAGGCACUCGCACAAGCAUUGAAGGAAGGGAGGAUACGGGGAGCAGCAUUAGACGUACACGAGUCGGAACCUUUCAGUUUUUCUCAAGGUCCAUUGAAAGAUGCACCUAACCUCAUCUGCACACCACAUGCGGCCUGGUACAGCGAGCAGGCUUCCAUAGAGAUGAGAGAGGAGGCAGCGAGGGAGAUCCGCAGAGCUAUUACAAGUCGUAUCCCUGACAGCCUGAAAAACUGUGUCAAUAAAGAUCACUUAACUGCGGCGACGCAUUGGGCCAGUAUGGAGCCAGCUGUGGUCCACCCAGAACUGAAUGGCGCUACAUACAGCAGGUACCCUCCAGGUGUCGUAAGCAUGGCCCCAGCUGGCAUCCCAACUGCAGUUGAUGCAAUCGUCCCCAACGCCAUGCCUUUAUCCCAUGGUCAUCCUGCCGUGGUUCACCCACCCCAUACCCCUUCUCCUGGCCAAACCGUCAAACCAGAGGCUGACAGAGACCAUCCGAGUGACCAGUUGUAGCCAAUAUCCUGUAUUAAAAUGAAAAAGAUGACCAUUCCCUGCAUUGGAGAACUGGAGAUCAGCGGAGACUGAAGAUGCCUAGAACAUGAAGAUCAUUGUCAUCUGGAUUCCGGAUAGAGGCAAAAAUAAUGAACUUGUGGAUCGUAACUGUUUUUAGAAAUUGGUCCAAAUAUACAGUAUAAAAAAAAGAGGCAAAGAGCAUUUGGAAACUUUUUUUUUUUUUUUUUCCCCCUUCAUAUUAAAAAAAAAAUGUAGUUUGUCCCUGUUCAGUGGACUGACCUCACUGUUCUGUGUCCUGUUUGGGUCCUUUGUUAAGCAAGAGAAGUUAGUAGUUAAUUAUCUCAUGAAUGUACUUGUCUGUGUACAGUUUUUAGAACAUAAAAAGGGUUUGUUUGCAUAACUAUCGAUAGGGGAAAAAACAUAAGGGAGGCAUUCAGCAAACCACAUUUGAAAUGGAGAAAAAGCUGAAAAAAAUAUAUAUAAUUUUGUUUUUAUAUGUUGUAACAUGCCCAGUAAACAAGGCAGUUGGCAACCUUCUCAGGAGAAUACAUUUUCCCAUUUUAUUUUCUUUAAAACCACACAGUGCAUUGUUAUUUUUUACCUGCUUGUCUUAUGUAUAUUUUAUUUGCCACAAAAGCUUUUUUUUUUUUUUUUUUUUCAAAAUUAAUUUUGGCAUGGAUUCCCUUUUAUUUCAAAUGACAGCAUUACAUUUUUUUUUUUUUUUAAGAGAAAUCAAAAUUUCGUAUAAAUGAGCAUAGUGCUUCUUGUCAACAGUUUAUGAAAAACAAAAAAAUUGAAAAAAAAUAAAGUAUAUAUUAUUGGUGGUAUGCGGGAAAUCUAGACUACUGAAAGGUAGUACAUUUCAUUGCCUACAUUGAUUCCUUCCUGGUAAUGUGGUAGGCUAGCAAUAUAUAUUUUUUUUCUUUUUGGUUAAAAUCAUGUUUGUGAGUGUAACCAUUUGUAUGAAUUAUUUUAAAGGAAUAAAAACCCCAAAUACUUA